CUACUGCGACCAUGGGUAACAAUAUAUCUAAUGUUACUGCUAUUGUCGGUGUAGAUAGUUAUGUUAGUGAACUUGGUGAUGUUUAUUACGAAAAAAGUUUAGGAAACGCUCGAUUCAUGAAAACUAUACGCGGUCGACAUAAGGAUGGUUUAGUUGUGGUCAAAAUAUUUGUGAAACCAAAACUUGGACUCUCUUUACGACAACAUGUGAAGCAACUACAGAGAGAAUACGAUGCCAUUUACAAGAUUCCCAACGUUUUUACUUUUCAAAAGAUACUUGAAACUGACCGUGCAGCAUAUUUAGUACGACAAUAUUUCUAUAGUAGUCUUUAUGAUCGAAUAAGUACUCGGCCAUUUUUGACUUUGGUAGAAAAGAAAUGGAUAUCAUAUCAAAUACUUCGUGGUGUAGCAGAUUGUCAUCAACAAAAUGUUUAUCAUGGAGAUAUCAAAACCGAAAAUAUUUUAGUUACUUCAUGGAAUUGGACUUACCUUGUUGAUUUUGCAUCAUAUAAACCAACUUUUUUACCAGAGGAUGAUCCAGCUGAUUUCUCUUUCUUCUUUGAUACAUCUUCUCGACGAAGUUGUUAUAUUGCUCCAGAACGUUUUUAUAAAGCAGGAACUGAUAUUGAUCGACGUUUGAAAUCUCUUGGUUUUGGUUUCAAUAACAUUUUAUGCGAAUUAACACCUGAAAUGGAUAUAUUCUCUGUUGGCUGCGUCAUUGCCGAAUUAUUUUUGGAAGGCUCUUCGAUUUUUUCACUCUCACAACUCUUCAAAUAUCAAAAUGAUGAAUAUGAUCCUUCUGCCACAUUGGAUAAGAUGGGUGACUCUGAUAUCAAGGAUAUGGUACUUCAUAUGAUUCAAAUCGACCCAACAAAAAGAUUCUCAGCUGAACAAUAUCUCCAAGAAUGGCGAGGAAAAGUAUUUCCUGAUUAUUUUUAUAAUUUUAUGCAUGAAUACAUUGGAUUACUUACUGAUAAGAAUGAAACAUUACCCUCAAAGAUACAGACAGUCGAAAACAAUUUUAUGACAGCCAUGUCCCCUGCUCUACCACUUAUCACUCAACCUCACAAGAAACUGGUGUCCGCUGAUGAAAAGAUGGAAAGACUUUAUCACGAUUUCGAAAGAAUAUUUCGUUUGCUCAGUCACCAAGAACUACAGUCAUCAUCAACAGAUGAAUCUCCUUUUAUUGAUGGACAUCUCAGGGAACGUCGUCGUACUCUUUCAGAUCUUCCUUUCACGACAACUUCGAUGAUUAUUUUACCACCAACUCUUAACAUACCCAAUUACGAUAACCAAAAUUCAAGUAUUCACUCAAAUAAUCAUUCGUCAAACUCAGGAGAACAAGGCUACUUGAUCAUCUUAUCCUUUGUUUGCUCUCUGGUUAGGAAUACUUUAUAUGCAAGCUCAAAACUUAAAUCAUUGGAUAUACUUCUCGCAUUGGCCGAACAUGUUCCUGAUGAUGUGAAGCUAGAUCGUUUAAUACCUUAUGUUAUGAUUCUUUUAUCUGAUGAAUCUGCUCUUGUACGCUCCAAUGCUCUCAAGGUCCUCACGCAAGUGCUAUGUAUCGUUGAAUCAAUCUCUCCAAUCAACGCUCGGAUAUUCCCUGAAUAUAUCUUACCAUCUGUACGUGAAUUUACUACUGAUCCAAACGUUAUGGUUCGAACAACGUAUGCCAGCUGUAUUGCUUUAUUAUCAGAAACUGCUCUUCGAUUCUUGGAGAUGACUCAGCUCUUGCUCGCUGACAAUGCUUUCCCACUAUCGGAUAUAGAUGCAGAAGAAUUAGACUUUGAAUCUGCAUAUGAUUCAUCACUACAAGAUUUACAAACGGUGAUUCAAGAACAAGUGACAACCCUACUGAUUGAUAGCGAAAGUAUGGUUAAACGAGCUCUUUUAACGGAUAUCACAUGCCUCUGUGUAUUCUUUGGGCGACAAAAGGCCAAUGAUGUAUUGCUUAGCCAUAUGAUUACUUAUCUUAACGAUAAGGAUUGGAUGUUACGAAGUGCAUUCUUCGAAAGCGUCAAGGGAGUUGGAACAUUUGUUGGCGCUAGAAGUUUGGAAGAAUAUAUAUUACCAUUGAUGAUCCAAGCUUUGACUGAUGCUGAAGAAUUCGUUGUUGAAAAGGUGUUGAACUCUCUCACUAGUCUAGCUGAUCUUGGUCUAUUCCAAAAAAUGAAACUUUGGGAACUAGUUGGUAUUGUGUCUCCUUUGAUAUGUCACCCAAACAUUUGGAUUCGAUAUGGCGCUAUUGGAUUUAUAUCUUCAGCAACAAAACACCUUCCACAAACUGAUCGCUGGUGUAUUAUUUACCCUCUGUUGACCCCUUUCCUUCGAUCUGAUAUUGCUGAUAUCAAUGAAGAAUCUCUUUUGCACAAUGUCAAGUCACCAAUUCCACGUCAAGUAUACGAACAAACCAUUUUAUGGGCAAAUAGAGCUUCAAAUCAGUCUAUAUUUUGGAAACCUCAACAACAGAGUAAAAGAGGCAGUCGUCUACCAGAUUCAACCUUAUCGAAAUCAAAAUCAGUAGGUCCUGCUACGUUGAUCCGUCAAGGUUCCGUCUUCAAUGGUAUUGUCUCUCAUGAUGAACUGAAUCAAGCACAAGAAGAUAGGUUAAACCUUGAACGCCUUCGAAAUGUUGGAAUGACAAAUGAUGAUGAACUCAAAUUACUAUAUAUGCGGGAAUAUAUAUUCAAGGUGUCUCGUACAAAGUCUAGUCGAACCAAAGGUGUAGAUGAUAUAACUUCUACUAGUGGUGAAAUCGUUCUGACAAACUUAGGUGUUACUCCUGUCACUGUUUUUCUACCUGAUCUUUCCCAGCAAGUUCAUACUUGGAACUCAAAACACAGAAUGGUAUCCACUCAACAAAAUGACACUGUCUCUAGAGCUUCAACGAAAGAAUCAAAGUCAAGAGGAGAUAAUAUAUCCGUAACGAAUCAUAUAGCAAAUCAACCACAUGUACAAGCUAUACUUCAAGAUGUUUUACCUGAGAGUGGAUCAAAGACUUCUACUGCCCCAAAUCAUGGUUUUGGUACAAGCGUUCCUGUCACAAAAGAUGACCGCAUGCAAGAAGAUGUGAUCAAAGCUGUACACCGAUCUGGUUUUAUUGGUUAUCAAGAUGAUAUGAACAAGUUAAUUAGUAGGAACAUAGAAUCUGAUUCAAGUGAAAUCCAAGAUAGCACUCCAAGUACAGUUGGUUACUCUCAUUUACAAAGAAUACUUUAUAAAACAGCGAUGGAAGCUUUUCCACCUCAUAUACCCGAAUUCAUUGGAGAUCCAUCUGUAAUGAAACGCAUCCGACGACUUCCACAAGGUACUUCCUCACUACGAACGAUUGGGAACUGGAAGCCUGAAGGGACACUUGUAGCACAUUUCACUGAACACACGGCUGGUAUCAAUCAAUUGGCUAUUUCUUGGGAUAAUUUACUUUUUGCUUCAUGUUCUGAUGAUGGUACUGUCAAGAUAUGGGAUUGCUCUCGAUUAGAACGUAACGUCACUAACAGAUCGCGGACAACCUACAAUAAACAAGGUGGUAGUAUUAAAUGCAUUACAUUUAUUCAACAAACUUACAGUAUAGCAUCAGCAUCAGAUAAUGGAAGCAUCCAUAUAUUCAGAGUCGAUUUAAGAAGUUCUGGAUCAUCAUUAAAGUUUGGAAAAUGUAUCACUGUACGUGAAUAUCAGUUAGUUGAUGAAUACGCUCUGAUUGUUCAACAUUUUACAAGCAAUGCAUUCAAUACUAUGACAGGAUCCAAGUCAAUUCUAUUAGUGGCAACAAACAAGGAAAAUAUUUACCUGAUUGAUCUACUGACGAUGAACACUUUGGUUACUUUGAAGAAUCGAAAAAGCUAUGGUAUCAUUACCUCUAUGGUGACAGAUCGACUCCAUACUUGGUUAUUAGUUGGAACUACUCGUGGUAUACUCACUCUUUAUGAUAUGCGGUUCCAAAUUCCUUUAUACUCAUGGCUCCACCCAAGCAAAAGUCGAAUUAGUCGAAUGAUGUUAAAUCAUGACCCAAGGGCUGAAGGUAAACAAGUUAUCAUUGCAUCAGGAAAAAAUGAAGUAUCAAUAUGGAACAUUGCGGAAUUGAAAUGUUUGGAGGUCUAUGGUGUCAAAUCUGGUGAUGAGAAAACAACUGGGAUCAGUAUGGAAAUGUAUAAGGCUUUGGAAGUACCAUCAGAUACUGAAAUCAUGUUUAGUACGUUCACAAGUCAAGAAACAAAUUAUGCUGAAAAUACCAUUCGUGCCAUAUCUUCACCCUCUGAUUCCAGAUUUAUGUUGACUGGUGGUGCCGAUAGAAAAUUACGCUUUUGGGAUAUGAACAGAAUAGAAAAUUCUGCAGUGAUCUUGGGAUUGGAUAUCGAUGAAGCAAAGCCAAGAUAUAGUUCCAACACUCAUGAUAAUAUCCAUUUCCAUUUUGAAUUUACUCAUCAACGACCAUCAAAUCAAAAUUCAACAUCAUCUAUAUCAAAUAGGGCUUCAUCACAUGUCAAUCAACAUCAAUUAUACAAUGGACUCAAUACAUCAGUGGUUCAACAACAACAUUUGAUGCGAAAUCAUACAGAUGCGAUCACCGAUAUCGUCUUCACUGAAAUUCCAUACCUUAUGAUCAUCAGUGGUGACAGAGAUGGAGUCAUAAAGGUUAUAUCGUAGUUUAGUGUAUAGUAUUGUUUAGUUUUCUUUAUCGACAAUAAAGUUCAUUCAAUUUUUUUUUAUUAUUA